AUGCAGCCUAAUUUUGUGCAGGGGCUUCAUAAUCUGCUUGUUCAGACCACCUCUAAUGACACCGUUGUCCUCAAAGCUGCCACUGCACAAUUGAAUCAAGACUAUUACAAAAAUCCAGCAUGCAUAUCUGCUCUUGCAAGUAUUAUUACCAGCUCCCCCGAUCAAGCUAUUCGUCAGUUGGCGGCGGUCGAACUGAGGAAACGUGUAGCUUACAAUAGUGGUAAUUUAUGGACGCUGAUAUCGCAAGAUGAGCGCGAGCAGAUCAAAACCAAAUUUCCGGAAUUAAUUCUCGGAGAGUCGAGUAAUCCUGUCCGCCACUCCGCCGCGCGUGUGGUAGCUGCCAUCGCCGCCAUCGAGGUUCCAAUGGGAACCUGGCCUCAACUCCUUCCCUUCCUUCAGCAAACUUGCACCUCACCUAACGCCUCACAUCGUGAAGUUGGCAUGUUUAUGCUGUACACUGCUCUUGAGAACAUCGUUGAAGGUUUCCAAGAUCAGCUUACUUCGUUGUUUCAAUUGUUUUCACAGACGUUGGCGGACCCCGAUAGUCUUGAAGUUCGCAUUACCACUGCUCGGGCCAUGGGUGUCAUCGCACAAUUUAUCGAUGCUGACGAGAAGGCAUAUUUGGCCCAAUUUCAAGCCCUGUUACCUGGAAUGAUUCAGGUCAUUGGGCAAUGUGUCGAAUCCAGUAAUGAGGCUGGUGCACGCAAUCUUUUCGACGUUCUUGAGACUCUCCUCAUAUUAGAAGUGCCCCUGCUCAGUAAAAUUAUACCCGAUCUCGUUGAAUUCCUGCUUCGCUGUGGUGGAAAUCGCGCUUAUGAUGGCGAACUCAGAAUUCUCGCUUUGAAUGCUCUAAAUUGGACUGUUCAAUAUAAAAAGUCUAAAUUGCAAAGCUUCGGUCUUGCACCUUCAAUUCUUGAGCAUUUGAUGCCUCUCACCACUGAAGAAGAACCCGAAGACGUUGAUGAAGAUGCUCCCUCUCGAUCUGCUCUACGUAUCAUCGACGGUUUAGCGACCAACCUGCCCCCUAUGCAGGUCUUUCCGGCCCUUCGCACCCUUAUCGUUCAAUAUUUCUCUUCUCAGGACCCCGCCCAGCGUCGAGGUGCUAUGCUUGCUCUUGGCAUCGCCGUUGAAGGUUGCAGCGAGUUUAUGACCCCGUUGAUGGGUGAGGUCUGGCCUAUUAUUGAGGCCGGUCUCCAAGAUAUCGAUGCUUCCGUCAGAAAAGCUACUUGCAUUGCUGUCAGCUGCUUCUGUGAGUGGCUUGAAGAGGAGUGUGUUGCCAAGCACACUGUGCUCAUACCCGCAAUCAUGAACUUAAUUAAUGAUUCUGCUACACAAAGAUCGGCGUGCACGGCUCUGGAUGCUCUCCUCGAGAUCCUUGCCGAUGUCAUUGACCAGUACCUGCAGCUCAUCAUGGAGCGCCUCUCUGGGCUGCUGGAGACUGCGCCUAUUCCUGUCAAAUCUGUUGUUACUGGCGCGAUCGGAAGCGCUGCUCAUGCUUCCAAGGAGAAAUUUAUCCCGUAUUUCGAGCCCACCAUGCAACGCCUUCAACAUUUCCUCGUCCUUACUGGCGAGGGAGAAGAAAUCGAGCUUCGUGGUAUCACUAUGGAUGCGGUUGGUACCUUUGCUGAGGCUGUUGGCAAAGAUCACUUCAGACCUUACUUCCCUACCAUGAUGACCCAAGCAUUCGAGGGUAUUGAGAUGGGAAGUGCUCGUUUGAGAGAGUGUAGCUUCCUGUUUUUUGGAGUUAUGGCCCGCGUGUUCGGUGAUGAAUUCGCCGGAUAUCUUCCCCAGGUCGUUCCCCCUCUUAUCGCUAGCUGUACCCAGGAUGAAGGAACCGAAGAAGUCCGAUUACUCUCAGUCACUACUUCAGAUCCUAACUCAGCAUUCAAUUCUGGCUUGUCUGCAUCUAAUGCUAUACCUGUGUCUGACGAGGCGGAUGUCAACGGUUUACCAACCGAGGAGUUGGAAGAUGUCGAUCUCGACAAAUUGCUCGAUGUCAACAGUGCUAUUGCUGUAGAAAAGGAGAUUGCCGCCGAUACAAUUGGGAUGUUGUUCAAUGCUACCCAGGCUCACUUUUUGCCGUAUGUUGAACAAUGUACGCUGGAACUCGUCAAGCUUUUGGCCCAUUACUACGAGGGAAUCAGGAAAAGUGCGCUCGACUCUCUUCUUGAGAUUGUCCGGACAUUCUAUGACUUGAGCGAUCAUCAAGAUUGGGAAGCUGGUGCUACAGUAACUGUUCCCCUUGCACCGACCGUAAAAGAUCUCAUUGGACAUGUUCUUCCUGCUCUUAUGGAGAUGUAUGAAACUGAAGACAACAAGUCUGUUGUGUCUGCUCUCUGCGUUCACCUAGCAGAGACCAUUAACAAAAUUGGUCCUGCGUUUGUUGAAGGACAAUUGGAGCCAAUCUGUGGCAUCGCUAUCCAAAUCCUUGAACAAAAAGCGUUUUGCCAGCAGGACCCAGAUCAAGAUGAAGAAGAGGAAGCACCCGAAGCCCAGGCAGAAUACGAUUCAGUCCUUGUCUCCUCCGCUGGUGAUCUCGUGGCUGCUUUAGCAAAUGCCUUGGGAGGGGACUUCGCCCCUGCGUUCGGACGUUUCUUCCCUCUAAUCGCCAAAUACUACAAAAAGAAUCGCUCCCUUAGCGACCGCUCUUCCGCUAUCGGCUGUCUCGCAGAAAUCAUCGCGGGCAUGAAGAACGCCGUUAGUCCUUCAACAGAACCUCUACUGGAGCUGUUCUAUCAGGCUCUUAGUGACACGGAUGCCGAAGUGCUGAGCAACGCCGCAUUCGCUGUUGGUCUGCUUACCGAAUAUUCGGAAGUUGAUCUAUCUCCUCAAUACCUACAUCUCCUCGGUGCCCUUAGACCGCUCUUCGUUGUCACGUCGGAUUCGCCCGCGUCAAAACUCAACGCGAAAGACAAUGCUGCAGGUGCUGUUGCCCGUCUUAUCGUUCGCAAUACAGCCGCUGUUCCUCUAGACCAAGUUCUUCCUGUCUUCGUGGAAGCACUACCCCUAAAGAAUGACUAUCUAGAAAACCGACCUGUUUUCCGGGCUAUUUUCCAUCUGGUGCAGACAAACGGUGCAGUUCUUGGUCCAUAUAUGGAUCAAUUGCUUCGAGUGUUUGCCGUCGUUCUGGAUCCUAAUGGUCCUGAUCAGGUUGGAGACGAUAUCCGGGCAGAAUUGAUCCAGCUGAUUGGUGUAGUGAACGCACAGGACCCGGCGAAAAUACAAGCGGCGGGUCUGAGUGCAUUUGUUCCAGGUGCAUAA